UGCUGGUCAUGACCGCCAAUGUGAACUGAUUGAAGAAAACCCAGAACUGAGUAAAGCAUAUGGGCUUUGCAGGAGAUCAAUUCUUCGCAACUCUAGGUAUUUUCAUGUAGCAGAUGGCAUGCCAGGUGAUGCAAUGCAUGAUAUACUAGAAGGAGUACUUCAGUAUGUAUGUAAAGAAUUGCUGAAGGACUUCAUAUUUAAAGAAAAAUUUUUAACAGUGGAGCAACUUAAUGAAAGAAUUAACUCUUUUGAUUAUGGAUAUUUUAAUGAUAAAAACAAGCCAUCACCAAUCACCCGGACAACUUUGAAGAGUGAAAACAAUAGUUUAAAGCAAAAAGCAAGACAAAUGUGGUGCCUUGGAAAAUUCCUUCCUUUAGCUCUUGGCAGUGCCAUUCCUCAGGAUGAAGAAAAGUGGAUGCAUUUUCUGUUGCUCCUUAAAAUUGUUGACAUUGUUUUUUCACCAAUCACAAACACCGAUGAACUUUCUAUCCUGGAAGGAUACCUGAAGGAAUUUUUGUGGAAAUUCACCCAGCUUUAUCCUGGGCUUUCAGUUCUACCCAAGAUGCAUUACUUGGUUCAUUACCCAACUCAUAUUUACAGAUUUGGAGCAAUGAUUUGGAGCUGGUGCAUGUGAUAUGAAGCAAAGCACAGUUACUUUAAAAGAUUGGCUUCAUACCUUGGAAACUUCACUAAUGUUGCACUUAGCCUUGCUGAACGACAUCAAACCAGAAGUUGCUAUCUAAGAAAUCAACCCAUUGCAAAAAAGCCUAAAAUUGGUAGGAUUUUUUUGAAUAGAUUGAUUUUAAUUCUAAAAA